CUCAGAUAUUUUAUAGACCUGUGAAUCAGCUGGUUCUUUGUUUACUUCUGAAAUAAGAAUUUUGGAAUGCCUGAAUCUUCACUUCAGCUGAGCGCUAGUUCUAGCGUCAUUAGCUGUGCAUCUAACGGGUUUGGUGGUAGUCAUAGUACGGGGUCUUCCGCACAGGGCGGUACAGCGGUUUACAGAAAUAUCACUGGAGAAAAGAAAUCUAAAAUGGCCACCUCGCAGCCACCUCCAGUUUCAAGUAGUACAGAUUUAAUGACACAAAAGGCUAUAUUGGAACAGAUAUUUCUUAAACGAGCAGAGGAAGGAGAUUUCUGGUAUGUUAUCGUAGCCGAAUGGCUGGAACAGUUAAAGCGGUAUCUUGGUAUGCCCAGUAACCGGAAGUACUAUCAUCAGAGGUCAUAUCCUGGACCAAUUAUCACCAGACGGGAUUACGCACAUACAGUUGACGUAGUACACGAAGACGCUUGGCGCAUGCUCAUACAAUGGUACGGACUAGCAGACGGACACAAGCCAAUCAAACUGGUUGUUUAUGGCUAUAAUAGAUCACCAGAUAUCGAACACAACAUCAACGCUUUUAAACUGAUGUUGUCAAAUUCUCCUCCGGAGGAUUUCCAUAACGAGAAAUUCAGUAAAAUGGAGAAAGUCGGUCAUGUGGAAUGGAAAGCACGUGCCUUGUACGGAGUAGGAACAGAGAAAAAGACACGCUUGUGGGGCAAACCGGAUACGGACGGUGAAUGGAGAGCUCUCACAUGUCGGGAUAAAGCCAUCGGUAAAUGUCUGGAGAUUGAUUCUGAUUUCAUUCGUCCGAUAAUUGCGAUGGAGGUCUGUGGAUGUGAUGACAUUUGGGAACAGGCCCCCGAGGGAGUUGAACCCAGUCAGGACCCGGCUAUAGGCCCACUUUACGAACACGAUAUAUUUGAUGACGUCACAAGCACAUGGGAAAUCGACAUCCAUGAUCAAAUCGAUCAUAUCGGCAAAAGUGUUAUAGAUGGAUUACAUAUGAACUUCAGUGCCUUCGUACAAAAAGCGAAAGAAUUCAUUGACCAAAGAGAUGCACAACUUCGACAGAGGGAAAGAGAUAUAUCAUCGUGUGAAAACUUCGCGGACGACACCAGGCGAAGACUUGAGGAAAAAGAACGCACCUUGGAUUUAGAAUUGGCAUCGUGCCAAGCAUUGGCCAAAGAUUACGAGACGAAAAAAGCAGAGUUAGCUUCUGAACAUGAACAAAAACUACAAGAACUUGAAGAACUCGAACAGAGACGGAAAGUUGACAAUGAAAAGGAAAGAGAGAAAUUUGAAAUCGAAAGGAAGCGAUUUACAGAGGAGUUAGAGAGAAUGACGGAGCUGAAUGAGAUACAGGACGGUCGGAUAAAACUUGACAUUGGCGGAGUCCAGUACACAACCUCAUUGGCUACAUUGAAGAAGGACUCUAACUCGAUGUUGGCAGCAAUGUUUAGCGGACGUCAUCAGCUUCGGACCGAGGCUGACGGAAGUUUUAUUGAUAGAGACGGUGCACACUUCCGGUACAUUCUGAAUUAUCUGAGAGACGGUGGAAUAAAAGACGGAACGUUGCCUAGCAACGACAAUUUAUGGCGGGAAUUACUUACAGAAGCGGAAUACUAUCAGAUCAGUGGACUGGUUGAUUACCUGUAUACUUUACUGUAUAAACAAAGCGAACUAUUUUGUGUGGAGGCAAAGGACGGCGCAGAAGACGAAGAUGAUGGAAAAUGACACUUUCGUAUAAAAUGUCUCUUUACAGCUACUAUAUAGACUACCAAAUUUGUACCAAUACUGCCAUUAUUGGACAUGGAUUGGUAUCAGGCCAAAAUAAUAUGAUACAAAGGGAAACAUUUUUUUCUAUCUAUAAGGAAAAGGUGAACAAAACUUCAGAUUUAAUAAGGCACAACAUCUACAUUUACAAGUAUAACCUAACCCCUAUGUCUCAUUACACUUGUCAUUCUCCUAUAGUGAGUUAUCACGUAAUAUUUCCGGAAAGAAAACCUGAUAUUGGGUGGUUUCUGUGGUUUGGAAUAGUAGGAAUUAUUCCGAUGGUAAUACGUCUCAUAAAACAAACUAAUACCG